AUGUUUCAUUUUUCCUCCCCAACACAAGCUAGCGCUGGGACCCGAGGGGGGCCGGCCGGCUGCCGCGGGCUGCGUUGCUCCCGGGUAGACGCCACCGCAGCCACUCAUGUCCUUUUUAAAAGGAUGCGCGCUCUCUGCUGCCAGGCGCCGGAGGUGUUUUGCAGCCGCUCUGCCAGAGGCGCGGGUAGGGGACACCCUACCCCCACCCCCGGAGUCUGCCUGGGGCUCUCGGGGCUCCGGAUAUCCAGCAUCGCAGGCAUUGUAGGUACAACAGUCGGCAAGACAGGACUAGCCCUUGUCCUCAUG